AUGCGUGAGUUUGAAAGAGAGAAGUUUGAUUCGCAAGAGAAGGUGUUUGGUGAGUUAGCUGCUGCGGAAGAGUGUGUUAAAGUCGCUGCCUUUGAAGUUGAUGUGCAAGAAGUGAUGAGUUACGAAGGGAGUGAAGUGAAAGAGAUGAAGAACUUAGCGGAGACGUUAAUGCGGGAUUAUCCAGCGAUAGAAAAGUCAAUGGAAGCGUCGAAGAGAUGGUAUGGGAGUGGAGCUGAAGGGCGACGCAAUGAGAAAAUGAUGUUAAGUUCAUUAAUGUCUAAAAUAGAGAUCAUCAGUAAAGGAAAGUUGUCGGAGAUCUUGAAGAAGUUCAAGUUGAAAGAUAAAGAGAUCCGAGAUGCGGAAGCGAAGAGGAACGAAUAUGCGUCACUGUAUAAAAUAGUUGUUGACUUAGCUGAGCGUGGUGAUGUAGAACCGAGUAGUCAAGUGAGUGACAUAGCGAAGAAGAUAAAAGAUAUAGAGAAGAAUCACAUACCAAAUUUGCAACAGAAAUGUUCUGAGCAAAUUCAGCGGAUAGUUAAAGUUGUAGCGAAGAAGCCGAAUUACUCUAUACUACUUCCUGGUGCUGAGAAUAAAGAACAAACGAAAAAGGAGACGAAACAAGAAUUAGUUGUUGAGAAAUUUGAAGAGGAGCUGUUACUUCUGAAAGACAAGAUUUCAGAGAUGUUCCAAUUCAUGGAAGAGCAUGAGAGACUGAUUAAAGAGAAUUAUGGCCAAGACGCCGUCUUUGAUAACAUCUUCCAAUUUGCGGAGAAGUAUAAGGACGUCCCUUCUGUGCAUUUAAGUUGGUAUAAAAUGCUUGAAACGAGUCAACAGAACAAAGGGAACUUCAUCGAAGCUGGUGUGUGUGCGGUCCACUACGUCCAUUACAUCUACAAGUACAUUGAAGACAAAGUGGCGAAUUUGCAGAUUGAUUACUUGAAACAAAUUACAACGGACUUUUUGGACUAUGAGGACCCCCUUUUGAGAACGGACUCUGCGGAAUUGACGGAACAAUCAUUAGUCGAUUGGGUGUUUAAAGGGAUCGACGCGUUCCAAUCUGCCAAUUUGCAUUCGUUUGCGAUUUCGUUGUGUUAUUUCAUCAUUCCAUACUUCUCAGCAAAUCAUAACUUCAGAAAGCUUGCGGACACGCAUAAGAGAAUUAAUGUGUUGUACUCGCAUAUGGUAGAUACGAAUAAUCGGUAUAUCGGCUAUUUCUAUUUGGUCUCGUUCUAUGGCAAAUUCCACUGUGCGGGGAAGCAAUUUGUGUAUCGAAGUACACUGCGGAUUAAAGAAUUCCAAGAAGCGUUGGUCAAGAUGCACUCACAAGGAGAACAACCGGCGUCUAUUGUCGAAUCGAAGAAACAACCGGAUCCCAAUUUGAGACAAAUUGGCGUCAUUAAUGUCACGCCAUUCAAUGAGGAAGGAACUGCACCGUUGACUGGAGUCGACUUCCCACAUACAAGAAUCUUCUGCAGCGAAAUUCGACGGUCACUGGACGGAGCAAAACCAGACGUGUUGGAAAAGGCGUGCAAGGAACGAACGAUGUUACGACUCCGCCACGCGUUCCCGUCAGUACUGGAGAGAGAAGAAGUCAUUUCGCAGUCGAUCACGACACUCACUCCUAUUCAAAGCUCGACGGACGAUAUUUCGUCGAAGGCGGAACAACUUAGUUUGUUACUGGAGAAGAGGGAGGAAUUGCGUUUGAGUUCUCUUCAAGUGCUUUUGAAAGGUAUUCUUUCAGCAGAGGUCAAUGGAGGUCCUGGUGCGAUUUGUAGGACAUUCUUGAACAAAGACAGUCUUGAGAAGAAGAUGUAUCCCGAGGAAGAUGUUCAGAAGCUCUUCUUAGUGAUGCAAGGACUGCUGGAACAUUGUAAGGAAGGACUUGCGAUUCAUAAGGGACAGAUGAAAGCGGAAGCUGCUGGUCUCCAGAACAUAUUUGAACUUGGGUUCUUACAACUGGAAAGAACAGUGAAGGAGUGCAAAGCACUGAUCGAUGAAAAUAUCAAAAAGUGA